AUGCCACCAGGAGGCGCACAGCGGCAACAGAAGCGCCCGCGGCGCCCGCAGAAUUCUAAGAAUUCCCAAUGGCGCGUCUCGCUUGGCCCCAAUUGGGCAUGGAAGUCGGUCCUCACUGGCUUACUGGCCCUGGCGGUUGGGUGCUUCGUUGGGACGCCGAGUGCGGAAACAGCUUUGGACUAUUUUCGGCCCAUCGAUAAAGACCACUAUUGGGACAGCCAUCGGGCGGAGGUGAAGGAGGCUUUCGUCACAAGCUGGGAUGCUUACGCUAAGUAUGCCUGGGGAAAGGAUCGUUUCCAUCCAAUCUCAAAGACCGGCUCACAAAUGAGUCCCAGUGGUCUAGGAUGGAUCAUAGUCGACAGCUUGGAUACUUUGAUGAUCAUGAAUUUGACUUCCGAGCUUAGUGAUGCCCGCAAAUGGCUUCACAGGGGUUUGACAUACAACCAAGACCAGGAUGUGAACACCUUCGAGACGACCAUCCGCAUGCUCGGGGGGCUUCUCUCCGCCCAUUACUUGUCUACUCAGCUUCCGGGUGUUUCAUCCCGCCGGGAUCAUGUUUACAUGUCCAAGGCCGUUGACCUGGCAGACCGACUACUAAAUGCGUACGAGACCAAUUCGGGGAUUCCAUACGCAAGUGUCAACAUUGGGAAAGGACAAGGGCUUCCAUCUCACGCUGACGGUGGAGCUUCGUCGACUGCCGAAGCCACUACUCUCCAGUUGGAAAUGAAAUAUUUGGCGCAUCUUACGGGCAAAGAGCUCUACUGGCGCAAAGCCGAGCACGUCAUGAAGGUCAUUGAUGAUCAUCGCAUGCCGGACGGCCUUUUGCCUAUCUUCGUACAUCCGGAUACAGGAGCCUUUAGGUACAAUGAGAUUCGUCUCGGAAGCCGCGGUGAUUCAUACUACGAAUAUUUGGUGAAGCAAUACCUGCAAACCGCCGGACAAGAACCCAUCUACCGUGAGAUGUGGGAAGAGGCUUUGGCCGGCAUCCAGAAACACUUGGUUACCUCUACCAAGCAUUCCAAGCUCCAAUUUAUCGCCGAGCUUCCGCAGGGCAUUGGCGGGCCAUUGUCUCCAAAAAUGGAUCACCUCGUCUGCUUUUUGCCUGGCUCGAUUGCGAUCGGCGCUACUGAGGGACUGACAGAGCGCCAAGCACGCAAGUUGCCCAGCUGGAAUUCGCAAAAGGAACAGCAAAUGACCCUGGCGCGGGAACUCAUGAAGACCUGUUGGGCAAUGUAUGCGGUUACUGAUUCUGGUCUUUCUCCAGAGAUUGCCUGGUUUGAAGCUGACGAAGCCGAUCUACGACCGGUGCCUGGGUCGUCUCCCCGACCUCGAAGCAAGAAUGACAAAGCCUCGUGGAAGAAGGACUUCAUUAUCAAGCCCUUGGACGCUCACAACUUGCAACGCCCUGAGACGGUCGAAAGUCUCUUCUUAAUGUUUCGGGUAACCGAAGACCCUAUCUACCGAAAAUGGGGCUGGGAGAUCUUCAAGGCGUUCCAGAAACACACAAUCGUGGCUGACGGGGAAGGAUACACAUCCUUGAACGACGUUACUAAGGUCCCGCCAACGCAACGGGACAACAUGGAAAGUUUCUGGCUGGCCGAGACUUUGAAGUAUCUAUACCUACUGUUUUCUCCCAGGGAAUAUCUCCCACUCACCGAAGUUGUCUUCAACACGGAGGCCCAUGUGCUACCUCGCUUCAAUCAAACCAAGUUUCAGACGGGUUGGAAACGCAGGCAACAUUCUUGA